AUGACGGUGCACAUUGACCAGCGCAACUUUUGCUAUUACCAAGCGGCUAUCUCCCCGUCGGACGACUUUGUACGCUCUAUGGAUGAUGGAGGACCAACGACCGAUCCUGAAAUUCAGGACAAACACGAAGACACUACCUUGGUCCCGCCACCCAACAUACCCAUACAGCGUCCUAGUUCGACCACCAUAACUCACGGUCCAUCGGAUACUCCUUCGUCGACCUGUAGCUUUCCGUUCAGCCCUUCGACGUGGCCUUUCGACAACGGGCAAUUCGAGUCUGACAUGGCAUCGGCGAAGCGCGAGUUUCGAAAAAUGAAGAGAGUUUUCAAGCGCGACGAUCGGGCGAAUUUUAAUCACCCAUCUGGCCAUCUCGAGGAGAACGAUGACGGUGAUUGGGGCGGAGUGCCUUCGCAUGGCGCUCGGAUCAGCGAGGGAAAAGGGGUUUCGAAGAAGAGACAGAGAGACAAACCCUACAGGCCGUCGUCGUCUCCAUCGCCAUCCACCCUUCCGGCUUUCUCGGAAGACUCGAGCCACGCCAUUGACCGAGGGGCUUUACUUUGA